CAUCUACAAUUUUGAAGACUAUUUUCGUAAUGUUAUUAUUUUUUUUAGUUAUUUCUCUCAAAUUAAACUAAUACUCAUGUUAAACCCUAAAUACGAGUGAGAGGCGUGAUGAUGGGUCAUGGGACGAGUCUGAAACGUGGCCCAAAGUGAUUGCCUUUAAAUUACUUUAUUAAAUCUCUUUUUUCACUCCCGUUAAAACCCAAAGCUUCCCAUUCUGCUGCUUUAUCGAUCAAGAGCAAUCAAUCCCAAGAGGAAACAAUCGUCAGCAACAACUACGCAUGGAUGAUUACAGGAAAUACAGUUAUGGGGACGAGGUUACUGUGGUUGAGGGACAGUAUUCAGGAAUGAAAGGACAGUAUGUUCAUCCAACGCAUGCCAUCAUCUUAGCUGAUGGAACGGUAAUUCAUGUGGAUCCAUGGGAUCUUUGUGCUGCAGUUGAUGCCACCUCAAACCUUGAUUCGCCUCUUAAACAACCGGAGGUUGGCAACUCUGUUCAUAUAGAAACAGGAAAUUACCAUGCCCAAACCGGGACAACUGACAGUCUUAUGGGGAAAAGGGAAACAAAAAAAAGAUCCCGGAAUGAGUAGUCGGUGGCUUUAAUGUUAGCUAUAAAUUAAUUUACAGUCUCUUUUUUUUCUCUUCACGUGUAAGGGAACAAUAGUGUAUCUCUUUGCCUUUAUGCAUUUUAAUGUGUAGUUUUAUUUGUUACUUAUAUUGCUAAAUACAAUAAUUAGCAAUAUAAUUCAUUUAUUUAUUUUUUACAAAGUAUAGUUUAUUGCUAUUAAACGCAUUUUUCCC